GAGGAUAAAGAGCCGUCCGCCGUGCAGAUCAGAGUUUACAGCUUUUGUGCCUUAACCCCGUUUUACCUCGAACUCCUUUGUUGUUCGGAGCGGACAAAAGGAGAAAGGAGGACCCUGGACUGGAUGUUCUCCAGCUUCACCUUACAGAUUUGACAUCAUGACACAAAUGAGGGCGAACACCUGAGGCUGCUCAGCAAGACGCCACCGCCGGAUGAAGCUUUUUUUUAUCUGCAAUGCCAAAGUAAACCUUCAGAAGUCUAAGCCAGUUUUUGUUGAACCAGAGCAACAUGACCCACAAGAAGUCAGAGGUCCAGAGAAGGAUCGUGUCCAAGGAUGGUCACAACAACGUUCAGAUCGACAACGUGGAGGGCAUGGUCAAGCUGUACCUGCACGACAUCUGGACCACCGUGGUGGACAUGAAGUGGCGCUACAAGCUCACUCUGUUUGCCUCCACCUUCAUCAUGACCUGGUUCAUCUUCGGGGUCGUCUUUUACCUAAUCGGUUUGGGAAAUGGGGACUACGAUGUCGGGCUGAACGCCACGCACACGCCCUGCGUGAUGAACGUGGAGACGCUCACCGGAGCCUUUCUGUUCUCUCUGGAGUCGCAGACCACCAUUGGUUAUGGCUUCCGCUGCAUUUCUGAAGAGUGUCCUCUGGCCAUCUUCACGCUGGUGGCCCAGCUCGUCAUCACUGGCCUGGCGGAGAUCUUUGUCACGGGUGCUUUUCUGGCCAAACUGGCUCGACCCAAGAAGCGAGCGGAAACCAUAAAGUUCAGCCAGUUUGCAGUGAUCUGUCGGCACCAAGGGAAGCUGUGUUUGAUGGUGAGGGUGGCCAACAUGAGGAAAAGUCUCCUGAUCCAAUGCCAGCUGACAGGAAAGCUGUUUCACUCCAACGUGACGGAGGAAGGUGAGAAGACCCAAAUCCACCAGAGCUCCGUUGACUUCUACAUGGAUUCCAGUGAAGAAUGCCCCUUCCUAAUCCUCCCGCUCACCUUCUACCACGUCAUCGACGAGCACAGCCCGCUGGCAGGACUGACGGCAGACACUCUGCGCAGUCGAGACUUUGAGCUGCUCGUCACCCUCAACGCCACCAUGGAGUCGACCGCAGCCACGUGCCAGAGCCGCACCUCCUACAUCCCUCAGGAGAUCCUGUGGGGUUACGAGUUCAAACCGGUGCUGUUCAGCACCGAAAACGGGCGAUUUGUGGUCGAUUUCAACUUUUUCGACCAAGUGCAAGUGAGCAACGACGCAGACCUCCAGAGCAGCAAGACAGAGAAACUACAACUGGGUCAAGACUAAGAAGAAACGAUGAAAGCAGUUGGUUUGACCGUACGGACACUCGACCGUAGUGUUCGUUUAUGAGCGUGUUCAAUCAUUCAUCACAGCAGACGCCCCUCGUUCUGUUUUCAAUCACGUAGUAAAAAGUGAUUUGGUCCUUUUUGUUCGUAGCUACUACAAAUCAGAUUGUCACUAGAAAACAAUCUCUACACUGUUUUUAUAAAAAGAUUU